AAAAAAUGAUGUAAGACAAAAAAAAAAAAAGACGAAAUCUUGAAAUCUUGAGAUCUUGAGCGACAAAACAAGUAAAAAAAGUCAACAAUAAAGAAACAAGGAACUCAUGGAUACUUCUUGGUCAGAUCCUGGAACCUAACUUGAACCCUCCCCAUGUCUGUCCAAUGCGUAUUCCUUUAUAUACCUCUUCCACAUCACUCCCUCUUCUCCACUCUCACGCACAGAUACGCACACCUAUACACCCAUACACACACAAAUACACAAAAAGAUUAAAUAGUAAGGGGCAGAAGAUGGCAAGUAACGAAGAAGAAGCCGUAGCCCUUGAGCUCAUAAGGCAACAUCUCCUUACAGACUCAUCUACUCCCAUGGAAACGGGUUUUGUCUCAAAUUUUACCUUUAGUUGUGAAACUUCUACUGCUACAGAAUCCAACCCAUCUCAGAUUUUCAAUCAAGUUCAAAACUUUCACCAAGAAACGAGCCCUAAAACCCUAAACCCCACAAACCCUAAACCGAACUCGACUCGUGCUCAACGAAAACCUUCCUUGCCGAAGAUCUCCGUACCGAGAAUUGGAAACAAGACAGAAGAAGAGGACGUGAAGCACUACAGAGGCGUGAGACGGAGGCCGUGGGGAAAAUUUGCGGCGGAGAUAAGAGAUCCGAACAGGAAGGGCGCGAGAAUCUGGCUCGGUACGUACGAUACUCCCGUCGAAGCCGCGAGAGCCUAUGACGUGGCGGCGUUCCGUCUGCGCGGGAGAAAAGCCAUCUUGAACUUCCCUCUCGAGGUGGAUACCACCUACGAAGGCAGAGCUGCGGCGGAGGUAGGGAAGAGGAAGCGGCCGGAGAGUUUUUCUCCGACCGUCGAGAAGUUGGCGGCUAGGGUUAAGAUGGAGGAAGAAGAAGAGGGAGAAGAAGGGAAUUAUGACACGGUGGAGAUGACGGCGGAUAAGGCGCCGCCGUUAACGCCGUCAAGUUGGAUGGGGUUUUGGGAUGUCGGAGGGGAUGGGAUCUUCAGUGUACCUCCGUUAUCUCCGACGUCCCCAAAUUUCUCCGUUAUCUCCGUUUCUUGAACUUGGAAAAGUCAACGAGUUGAUGAUGACGUGUUCGGUUUAUCAUUUUUCACCGUUUUAUAUUGUUUUAUUACUGUAAUAUAUAUAUUAGGGUCGUUGGAGGUCUGCCGGAAAUUAUUUUAUUGUAUUUAUUAUUUUAUUUGUUGUAAUAUUUUUUUUGAUGUUUACGUAGAAGUUUUGUAUUCGCUGUUGGUGGUCGAUGUAUCAUAUAUGAAAUUUAUUAUUCGUUUUCUUA